AUGGAGCUGCACCAUAGCCCAUCGGAUGAUGAAUCUCCAUCCUAUAUUACAAGUGCACCGUUUGAUGUUGCCAUGUGGGAUAUGGAGCACUGUGAUCCCCGAAGGUGUACCGGACGAAAAUUAUUUAGACAUAAUCUGAUAAAAAAACUGAAUCUUGGGCAACGGUUCAAUGGCAUUGUUUUAACACCCAUCGGUCAGAAGUGUGUUUCUCCAUCUGAUAGAGAUAUUAUUUCGCAAUAUGGUGUAGCAGUGGUAGAUUGCUCAUGGGCUCGACUAGAAGACACACCAUUCACCAAAAUGAGAACCCCUCAACCUAGAUUGUUGCCAUUUUUGGUUGCUGCUAAUCCUGUUAAAUAUGCGAAACCUUGUGAGCUUUCUUGUGUUGAAGCUUUGGCAGCAGUGUUCUACAUUGCAGGCUUUCAGGAUGUUUCACAUUUGUAUCUGAGCAAAUUUAAAUGGGGCAAGCACUUUCUUGAGUUAAAUAGAACUCUCCUGGAUGCCUACUCAAAUUGUACUAACAGUGGUGAUGUGGUCGCAGUACAGAAUAAACAUUUGGAAGAAUUAGAGAAUGAAAGGGAAGAAAGAGAUAAGAGAGAGAGACAAGAUAUAUAUGACUUAUCAUCUGAAGAGACAGAAGAAGAAGGAGUGAAGAUAAAUUAGAAAACACAUGAUAAAAUCAGUUUAAUGUAUUUCAUUAUAUAAAAUUAUAUUUUGUACCAGUCUUGUUUGAUCCAAUUAAUGUUUUUGGGAGAUCUCAUGUUAAGCGUAUACGAAAUCUAGUCCAGGUAGUAUAUAGGAAAGUUGGGAGCUCCUGACAGUCAUCAAUGCUGACAAGAACUAGCAAUAUUUAUUCGAAAUCAAAAAGAAGGAAUUCUCUACUUAAAGAAAUUUAAUUUUUGAGA